AUGGCCAAUUCUAAUCGUUCGAUUGAUGUGCGCCACAUGCCUAGCGGGGGUGAGGUUUCCUUUGCUAUCCCGGAGGAGGUAUCGCAUUCCUCCACCCCUCAUUAUGAAGACGACAAUACAUAUCGUCAUUCCGACAUUGAUGCCAGGGAUCCAUCCCUUCCAUUGCACCAUUUCUCGGCACGGACCCACGUAGCGGUGCUAGAAGAAACGGACGGCACCGUUGAGCGGCCUUCCUUGGACUCAAUUAAUGGAAUGAGUCAACCUCAAACUCCACUAUCGGGACCUGUGCCGGUGGAUUCUUCUUCCAGGACUAUUGGCUCGAAUGUCAGAAUAGGAGGAAUAGUCCAAGUUAGAGAGCCUGAUGGAAGAAGCAGUGGUCAUAGUGAGCUAUAUCAUGCUGCUGAUUUUCAUUUGGAAGUGAAAAGCGGAUCAGCGCUGCCGGAGGAUGAUGGAAUGAGGACGCUGAGGGAAAAGAUUCACAAUAUUCGGGAUGCAAAAAUUUCUAAUGCGGAAAAGGCCAGGUUGAUACAUGCCCUUAUGACAGAGAAUUACAAUUCAUCUCUACACAAGAAGUAUAGCAAGUCACGUUCACCUACUAGCUGUCAUGAUCAAGAGCGGCCGUGCACACCGGUGUCACAUAGUAAACGAUCUUCGGGUCCUUUUUCCAUGUCCCCUACUUCGCCCACGUCUGCUUCUUCACUCGGGUUUUCCUAUCAUCUCACUGAUGAUGAUCUACGACCAAGUUACGCGCCUCGACAUGACUCAUCAUCAGAUCUAUCUGGCGAGAGCAUCAUCUCGUUCCCAAAAGAAUCCGCAAAUGAUGACGCGGUGGAAGAGGAGAAUCUCCAAUUAGGAUGUCAACAUUAUAAGAGGAAAGUGAAACUUCAAUGUUAUACAUGCAAGGCCUGGUACCCUUGCAGAUUUUGUCACGACCAAGAAGAAGAUCACGUUUUAAUUCGAAGAGCGACCCAAAACAUGCUCUGCAUGGUUUGUCGCACUCCGCAAGCGGCCGGGCAAUGGUGCAAAUCGUGCGGCAUCCAAGCCGCCUGCUACUACUGCUCGGUGUGCAAACUCUGGGAUAACGACAGCCAGAAAAGCAUUUACCACUGUAACGAUUGCGGGAUUUGUCGUAUCGGUCAAGGGAUCGGUAAGGAUUAUUAUCACUGCAAGACCUGCUCUGUCUGUAUACCAAUCUCUAUCCAGCAGACCCACAGAUGUAUCGAACGUUCAACCCAAUGUGACUGUCCAAUCUGUGGUGACUAUAUGUUCACCUCUCCCGAGACGGUCAUAUUCAUGAAGUGCGGCCAUAGUAUCCACCAGAAGUGCUUUUCCCAAUAUUCAACAACAUCAUAUCGAUGUCCCAUUUGCAGCAAAACCAUUGCAAAUAUGGAAGCCCACUUUAGAAGCCUAGAUCGUACAAUCAAUGACCAGCCAAUGCCUCCAGAUUUUAUGGAUACAAGAGCACUAAUAUCAUGCAACGACUGUUCUGCGAAGUCCGCCGUCCAGUACCACUGGCUGGGGUUGAAAUGCGAAAUAUGUUACUCUUACAACACAACGCAAAUACAACUCCUCACUGCCAAUGGUAACAAUGAUGAGAAUACCCACCAUCGUGAAGCUAAUGAAAUCCGCAACAUAUCCCGUAACAUAACCGUACCAACUCGGAUGACCAGAUUGCCACCAAACUCCGACGAGAACCACACACCAACUGAAACUACAUUUCUUUCAACUAUGUCAAGGUCAGUCCCAGCACAUGAUUCCAAUAUCAUCCUUGGAACCCUUCAGUCUACGGACCAAACAACAAGUUAUCGUCGAUCCUUCUCCACCAUACCUCUACGAACUGUCCCUGCAGUGAUAGGAAAUUAUUUUGGCCUUCGUCGACAGAGUGAUUCGUUUUGGUCUUCCUCGGCCCCCGCCAGUGAUGAGGAUAAGAACAGAUCAAACAAUAAUGAUAACGAAGACAUCGACUUUUGGGGUAGCAAAGCUUCCAGGCCUACAUUUGGGAUAUUUGGCGAUGGAAAGGAUGAUGAUGAAACAGUAUUGUUCGAAGACGAAAGCGAGAACACUGAUGGCUCUGAUUAUUCUAGCAAUGAUGAACACCAGGAAGAUACAGAAGAGGAGGAUGAAGACGAUAUUGAUGAAAUUGACAUAUUCGGGCAUCGGUGAACCAAUGCGAGCCGGGAAAUCGCCAAAAAUGGCAUUAAAUAAUUAAACCGAAGAAAAUCAAAGCAAACCGAAUUCCGCAGUUGGACUGGAAAGUUCUCCUAUCCGGAACUAACGUUUACGACGAUGAAAAAGAAUGAUAGGGCAUUUGCAUGCAAAAGAGUUGGAGAGCGUUCGACAAAUCUGGCUCUGGUGACAUAUGCGGCACUCUACUUCCUCGGGAUACCAAAACGCUUUCUCGGACCCUGGCACAUAACUGCGUCGAUCGGCCAUAGUCGCAUCGGGAUUGGCUAACUGAUAUAUAUAACUCCAGUUCAUGAGCUGGUGUUUUCCCUCUCGAGCCAACGAAAAUCCAAAUACGUCAUUAGCCACAUGUAUAUAUGCAAUAUCCGCACAAACAUACGUACAUUUGCCAUAUUUCUAGCGUUGGAUAUAUACAGCAACGGGCCUGCAUUUCUCACGACCAUUAUUGUCGAAUCAUUAUCAUCACGAUUACUAUUACUACAGUAUUAUCACUAUCAUCCCUUACGAAUCACGUAAAGGAGUCCUCCCUCCCUCCAGCCACUGAAAACGAGACGCACGCUCGUCUUUCUACGUCGAAGAGUUCUCGAUGGCCUACCCAUCGUUCCAAAAGGCCUCUAUAAGAUCAAAUCAUAUGCUGGAGAAACAGAUAUCCAAUACACACACACCUAUAUAUACCUAGACGCUGCUUUUGUCUCCUUGUAUACACCGUCCUCCCCUAUUAUCUCGAGGCCUGAGCUGAUUUUUUUUCGAAAACUAUCUUAUCUGGAAAGGAACGAGUGGGGCGGAUCGGGUGCGAUCCCCUGGUGGGAACACCCCGUCGUGGGCUUUCAAAAUGUAUUUACAUCCAUAUGUUUCACUUCUUGAUAUCAUCCUCUAAUUGGCUAUAUUAGUUUACAUC